GAGCGGCAGUUAUUUGAAGCUAGCGCUCGCGCACUGGCGGCUGGCGGGAACGCCGGAGCUGGAGCUUGGGAGGCAAUGGCGGCGGGACAGCAGCGAGCACCCACCAACAGCAACCAGCUGAGUUAUUAAAAAAUUAUUCAUGGCGAGUAGAGAGCCAAAAUACAACUUGGUGCGUGAAUUGGGACGCGGCAGUUAUGGUGUAGUAUAUGAAGCAGUGGUGACAAAGACUGGAGCACGGGUAGCGGUGAAGAAAAUUCGGUGCCAUGCACCCGAGAAUGUGGAGCUGGCCUUGCGAGAAUUUUGGGCAUUAAGUAGCAUCAAGACAAUUCAUCCUAAUGUGAUCCAUCUAGAGGAGUGCAUUUUGCAAAAAGAUGGGGUGCUACAAAAGAUGACUCAUGGAUCAUCUUCUUCCCACUAUUUAAAGCUGGUGGAGACGUCACUGAAAGGGGAACUAAGCUUUGAUUCCAGGAGCUCAUAUUACCUCUGGCUUGUAAUGGAUUUCUGUGAUGGUGGAGAUAUGAAUGAAUAUCUACUUUCGCGAAAACCAAACCGUCGGACCAACAUUAGUUUCAUGCUGCAGCUCAGCAGUGCCUUGGCUUUUUUGCACAAAAAUCAAAUUGUGCACCGGGACCUGAAGCCAGAUAAUAUAUUGAUCACUGAAACCAAAUCGGAAGCUGAAGGAGCAGGUCCUAUUCUAAAAGUGGCAGACUUUGGUCUAAGUAAAGUGUGCUCAGGUUUGGGAACAGAUCAAAAGGAACCGGUUAAUGUUAACAGGUGCUGGCUUUCUACAGCUUGUGGGUCAGAUUUUUAUAUGGCACCUGAAGUUUGGGAAGGUCAUUACACAGCUAAAGCAGACGUCUUUGCACUGGGCGUCAUCAUUUGGGCCAUGUUGGAGAGGAUUACCUUUAUAGAUUCGGAGACUAAGAAAGAACUAUUAGGAAGCUAUGUACGUCAGGGGUCAGUGAUUGUGCCCCUUGGUGAAGCACUGUUGUUAAAUCCCAAGAUGGAGCUCAACAUUCCUGUGAAGAAAAAGUCUAUGAGCGCUCAAAUGAGACAGCUAAUCAAGGAAAUGCUAGCAACAAAUCCACAAGAUCGACCUGAUGCUUUUGAACUAGAACUGAGGAUAUGUAAAAUCACAUGCAGAGAGUGCAGCCGGACUGCGUAAGUCUGAGUACAUGUGAAAAUAACUUGUAUUGAACUUUACCAGAUGUUUUUAAAUUGCCAGUAAAUUUUGUUUUUUUGCCAAGCCCGUGCCCGAAAGUGUACAUUGAAAUAGUUAGCUGAGAUUUUAUUAUGCAGUUCUUAAAAUGCUGCUGUUCUUUGGUACCCACAUUUUGGAAGCAACCGCACUACUGUUACUUUGUCAGGUCUCAUUUGACAAAUUAUUUGAGCCCGUCUUUGUCCCUUGACCUUACAAGUCAUUUAUUGAAUGUGUAAUUGCUGAAGAGUGUAAUGUGAUGUAUGCAAUACUUUAUUUUUGGGGGGGGGUGUCCUUUGGGGAAUUUAGUAGACUUUUAUUUUUGCAGAAUAUCUGAGAUGUCUCAUGAUCAUUAUUUUUCACAAGUUCACUUUCCUUUUCCCCUUUGGCUUAUUUGUGUAUUUAUCUUUUCCACCAUACCACCUUGACAGAAACCACUUGACUGAGCAGUCUUAAAUCAAAUCCAAAAUGGUACUUUAUGCCAAAAAUCAUUUUAAAAUCCCAAAGUAUUUUAAAUAAACUUUAUUUUUAUUAUAUUUUGGGGUUUUUCUCUGUCCCAUUCUUUUCCAUACUCUUGAAAACUGACACCCACCUAAUCCAUCAUGGGUUCCUUUUGUUAGUGAUGCCAGGUUUUCAGUGAUUGGUUGCCAUUGGUGCAAUUUUCUAUGUCAAAGUGAUCUCUACUUGGGAAGUCUUUGGCAUGACUGACCAUACUAAAGAAAACGUGCAUUGAUCUAUAUCCUGACUUAGCUUAGAUGAGAUGAUGACACUUUACCCCCAUUGUAUUUUUGUAACUAAUGAUGUAAUUGGUAUAUUUACCAACAAAACGUGUACGCACAUGUUGAUUCUGGGUGGUGUCUGAUUUUUUUGUGUGUAAUCCUUGCACGUGAGAGACAAAGUCAAACGUGAGUUAUAUGGAUUAACAUAACAUAGGAUACGGGAAGAGUUACACAAGAGUAAUGCUGAUAUUUUCUCCUCAAAUGAAAUUGUAGAAUUAUUUAAAGGCGUUUUAUUUUGAAGCAUCUGACUAUUCUAUUAACACUUCAAUGUCAUUGCCAUGUUGCUGUAUUAAGAGCAGUGUACAUUGGGAAUCCAUAGGUCAAAGCAAGCUACUUACAAAGGACGAUGGCCAUGAUAAUGAUAUAAUGAAUUACUUUAGACUAGUUAAAAACAUUCAAGGCACUAUCUUAAGUGGGUUACCUUUCUACUGAAAACACAAGUGUAUUAAACUAUAUAAAGUUUACUGUGAAAUUUGUAAGAUUGUGUAAUUUAUUCUAAAUGUAAUAUGUACAAAUAAAGUUAUGAAAACAUAA